AAAAGAGUAAACAGCGAGACAUACACCGUGGCUCAUGAUGGGCGAAUGAGGCGUCAGUCGCUGGCCUCCCCUGAGCUUACUGCCAUGUUGGAGAGACAGCGCACUCACUCGGUGGAGAGGCAGAGAGCUGCAUCGGCCGAUUCCCGUAGACCAACGCUCAAAGUGGACAGGAGAGCAGCUCCGCGGUUUAAUCUUCUGAAGGAUCACCAGCAGACACUGCUGGACAAGAAGAGGGGAGUCUGUGAGGAGAAAGAAGACCAAGUGCAGAAAGUCUCGGCGGACCUGCCACAGUGUUUCCUCCAGCGCGUUCACCGGUGUGUGCAGGCAGGUUCUUCCAGCUGUGUCAUUGCGUCGCUGCUCAAGUCACACGUGUCGAGUCGACUACACACAGACAGAGCCAAGCGAGUGCUGGACGCGGUGAAAGACAAAACCGAUUUCUUCUGUUUGCUGCAGCUGUGUAACUAUGACAAGGAAGCUCUGACCUGUGCGUUGUGGUAUGGAGUGCUAAUGUCAUGAUGUUGCUUGAUACGUGUAAUAAUAAAAUUGAUGAUAUUAUUAAGAUCAUUUCUGUCAUGGCCAAUCCCUGGUGGCUCUUGGCGUUUCACAAUAAAAGACAAUACAAAAUUUGACAGUUUACACAAUGGCAUGUGUCAUGUGUACCGGCCUUUCAAUCUGCAACAAUCCUUUCAAAUACAUGCAUGCACUCUCUAUCUGACUAAAAAAUACAUGCACUAACAGACAAUCACUGUGGCUGCUGAUCACAUAAUAUGUUAUUGCGGACUCAAACAAGCUGGUAGAGUAUAGUUUAAAUAAAUGUGUCUUUAGAUUAGUUUUAAAUGCAGACAAUGCAAGCACCUCUCCUGAAUGCAGUGGGAGGGAAUUCCUCGCGGAGGGAGCAGCUGUCAAUAAAAAAAACAAGAAUGGUUGUUCUGUCCAUGUACAGCAGUUUUGUGUACAUGUAGUUGUGAUAAAAAAAAGAGUUUGUUUCCAUACUGUUUUCUUAUGCCUUGCUCAAGUUAUAGUUUCUUUUUGAUAGUAAUUAUUGCUUCAAAGGCUUUUUUUUCUGUACUGUGGGCCUAUAAUUGUACCUCACACAACGAAUACUGUCUUUAUCAUAUUAUGUAUGCAGCUGUUUUGUAGUCGUGGCAACGAAGGAUUUGUAUCUGUUACUGUUUUUUGUACCUUUCAAGUGAAAGUGUCAUUGGGAUAGUAGCCAUAGCAACGAAGAGUUGGGUUUUUGUGUAAUGUAGGUCUGUUAUUGUGCCUUACCCAAGGGACGGUCUUUAAUAUUUGUGAAGCGUGCUGUCGAAAUGAGUU